CUAGGAUACUUUUCUACUCCCACGUCACAUUGCCUUUCUCACUCCUUAUCAACAAACUAUUGCUACUCCAAGUUCGAUACUCGAUUAUACUCCAGUGUUGAUCAGUCUAUCUGCUGCACAAAUUGACUUCUUCUGACGCUGUAUUUGGGAGCAAGUGAACAUCCAUACAACGCGUCCAACAUCUCAAUUGCUUGCCUAAGAACAAUACCCUCUUGACGAUCGUGGUACCCAAAACGAGCCACUUCAUUGCAACUGCAUUCUGAUCAAAUAUGUCUCAUCGAUCUCAUUCUCUUCUUCUUCUGCCUCCUCCACCGUCACCGGUCAGCUCGGCAUCCCUGUCGGCGGCAUACCGACCGGCAAUCACUGCUACUCUCACAAGUCUCAAGAGUAUUUCGACAGCUACGGAAUUGCUUGUUGUACUACCAUGUCCAGCUUUACAUCGACCUGGCCAAACUCCUCGUUCUGAGAUCUAUGUCGAGGCGCAGAAGCUACUUGGUGGAGUGUAUAGUCUCAUUUGUAUUGUGUGUGCAAAGCUGGGUGUCGACGUCGAGACCAGCACGCCUGGAUCCGUGGAUGUACGUCUUCUACUGCUGGACCAUGAUCUUUCGCAAACAUAUGCGAACAAUUCUGAGACUGCUUUCAACCCAUCCAUCUCGGGGCCCAUCAUUGAUCUUCCUACCUUUGCUUAUACGCGUCGACACUGGAAUAUUAUUUAUUCUGUGGACGGAGAAGAAGGGCAGGCAUUACUCGCACAGUACACAAACCUAGCGAAUCGAAACAGCCCCCCGCUUUCAGGUCACAUGGAAAUUGUUGGUGGAGGUGUUAGUCUAGUGCAAAAACAGCCUGUACUCGACACACCAGAUCGUCUCGUUACAUCAAUUCCUCAUCAUGUUAUUGCCGUUGGUGGUACGUUCGAUCAUCUUCAUGCUGGACAUAAACUGUUACUCACGGCUACCGCCUUACUUCUUCAGCCACGAGGCUCUUCUUCGCAACCAGAGGGAAGAAUAAUCGUUGGUAUCACGGGCGACGAACUGCUGAAGAACAAAAAACAUGCUGAGUAUUUGAACAGCUGGAAACAGCGCCAAGAAGAUGUAGUCGACUUCCUUCUCUCAGUACUUUUCUUCACUCGUUCAAACCUCAAAGAUGGAAUGUCUACGCAGUCGUUUGAUAAACCUGUUGUCAAUGGUCGAGCAAUUCACACGAAGCUAGUGGCAUCGUCAAUUACCAUUGAGUGUGUGGAGAUCCAGGACCCAUUCGGACCUACGAUCACGGAUGAAAGUAUCACUGCGCUUGUAGUGUCUGGUGAGACUAGGUCUGGUGGCCAAGCUGUCAAUGACAAGAGGCUCGAGAAAGGCUGGAAAGCUCUCGAAGUCUUCGAGGUUGACGUAUUGGACGCGGAGGAUGUCGAGAAUAGCGGAAGUAAUGUGGACGACUUUUCUUCCAAAAUCAGCAGCACAGAAAUACGUCGGCGACUGGCAGAGGCAGCCCGCUUAUCGUCACUGUAGGCAUUUGUUGGUGGCGCAAUACCAUUGCCUCCCCACUGCAUCGUACCGUCUAUACCUGACCAACCAUAUCUGCGUUUGGGCAGGUUUUACUCUUCCCGCACAACACUCCCCGAGGACGGUUUGUCUAGCUUUAGGGAUGCCCCAGGAUUGUACGAAUUCCUUGAGAGUAGAGUGCG